CUUACCAUUUUUACUAGGAGUACUAGUACUAUUUAAUUUAUCCUCAUAAUUUUGGGAGUUGUUAGUUUCCUUCUCGCUAAUGAAUUCUACCAAAUGAUUGGCGUGCAUUUAAUAGACACACAUAACAUAAAAUAUAAAGAGGAGGGAUGAUGAUGAUGAUGAUGGUACAUUUAAUAGACCAAGGGAUCAUCAGUUGAAAUCCCCACGUAACUUGAGAUUCCAAGCCUCGAUGUUGAACCUCCUUACUUUCCUCCGCCGCCGCCUCCGCCGUCCCCGGAAGGCCAGAAUCUCCGUUGGUGAGUCCGCUCCAAGCUCCAACGGGUUUUCUUCGGGCGCCGCCAUUCACCCGAACCCGGAGAAAGCCAUCCGAGUGGCCACUUUCAACGCGGCUAUGUUCUCCAUGGCCCCCGCCGUCCCCAACCGAGAUUUUUCGGGUUUGCCACUCCGCUCCAUGUCAACCGUUGACCGUCCCAGGAGCAUACUGAAGCAGUCUCCGCUUCACCCCUUGAACGCCACCAAACAACAGAGGUUCGCCAAAUCCAGGCUAAGGGUCUCCAUCAACCUCCCCGACAACGAGAUUAGCCGCCAGCUCAGUUUCCGCGAGGAUCCUCACCACUCGCCGCUCCGGCCAGCUUCUCUGUCUUUCUCCGGCGAGAUCGGCGGCCUCCGGAGCACGAGAACGGUCCUCGAAGUGCUGAGGGAGCUUGACGCAGACGUCCUCGCUCUUCAGGAUGUGAAGGCCGACGAGGCCGACCAAAUGCGACCUCUCUCCGAUCUUGCGGCUGCCCUCGGCAUGAAUUACGUCUUCGCCGAGAGCUGGGCGCCGGAGUACGGCAACGCCGUUCUUUCUAAGUGGCCCAUCAAAAAGUCCAAUGUGCACAAGAUCUUCGACCACAGUGAUUUCAGGAAUGUGCUGAAGGCGACCAUAGAUGUUCCGGGGAGCGGGGAAGUGGAAUUUCACUGCACUCAUCUGGAUCACUUGGACGAGAGCUGGAGAAUGAAGCAAGUUGAUGCUAUUAUCCAAUCUACCAACGUACCUCACAUACUCGCUGGCGCUCUCAAUUCCCUCGACGAAUCCGAUUACUCUCCCCACAGAUGGACCGACAUCGUCAAGUAUUACGAAGAGAUGGGUAAGCCAAUACCCAAAGCCCAAGUGAUGAGGUUCUUAAAGAGCAAAGAUUACACUGACGCUAAAGAAUUUGCUGGAGAAUGCGAAUCUGUGGUAGUGGUCGCCAAAGGCCAGAGCGUACAAGGGACAUGCAAGUACGGGACACGCGUGGACUACAUACUGGCUUCCUCGGAUUCGCCGUACCGGUUCGUGCCGGGGUCGUAUUCGGUGCUCUCCUCUAAGGGAACAUCGGAUCACCACAUAGUGAAGGUCGAUGUUGUGAGAGCCAGACCAAUCAACGUCGACGAGCACCGGCCAACAAGACAGACGCAGCAGAGAGCUGCUACAACGACUAUAUAUAAUAACUCGUCUCUCACAAAGGCCUCGUGGAGGACGCAUUACUACAAAGCGUGAACCAUCUAGAUACAUACGUAACUAGACAUAUUUAUAUACUAUUACGAAAGUACUGUUACAGGUUUUUUCGACUGUUAAUUAACAACAUUCGAGAUAUGUGUAUAACCGUGGAGGUCUCUGUCUUGUGUGCGUUUUUAGCCUUGAGUUCCCCAAUUUUUUGUUGUUCUGCUUUUGAUGGUAAGACGUUGUUGGGGCUUGUUUAACCGGAGAUGUAUAAAUAAAUUCUCAUUUAGCUUAAUUAUCCCGACAAGGACGUUAAAACAAAUAGUCCAAGUUGGAUAAGC